UUGAAGAAAAUUUCAACAGUGACUGAGACGCUUAUAGAGCUGCUGGAAUGAGGGAUUUGGAAACUGAGAAAUUUGAAAUCAACUUUACAAGGUUCUGGUGAAGAUGAAAUGAGAUCGUGCACAUAAGUUGCUGACGGACUCCACGUGGCCACGUGACACAGACUAUCAUUGUUCCUGCAGCUUGGCCUGGGCCUGCGGUCGACGCAGCUGAGUCCUCCCACCUUCUCGAAAAACAACAACAAAAGUCGAAAACUCUGAAAAAUAAACCAUGAAGCUCAGUGAAAAGGACCCAACAGAAGAUAAAGAAAGAGAUUCAUCGAGAAACAAAUCGCACUGGUCCUGCUCCCUGCUCGUGGCCUCCUUAGCGGGCGCCUUCGGCUCAUCUUUCCUCUACGGCUACAACCUCUCGGUGGUCAACGCGCCCGCCCCGUACAUCAAGGCCUUUUACAAUGAAUCGUGGCAAAGACGGCAUGGACACCCGAUGGACCCGGACACCCUAACUCUGCUGUGGUCUGUGACCGUAUCCAUAUUUGCCAUCGGUGGACUUGUGGGGACGCUAAUGGUGAAGAUGAUCGGAAAGGUUCUUGGGAGGAAGUACACUCUGCUGGCUAACAAUGGCUUUGCGAUUUCUGCCGCCUUGCUGAUGGCCUGUUCUCUGCAGGCAGGAGCCUUUGAGAUGCUCAUCGUGGGACGCUUGCUCAUGGGCAUAGAUGGAGGCAUUGCCCUCAGCGCACUGCCCAUGUACCUCAAUGAGAUCUCUCCCAAGGAGAUCCGUGGCUCCCUGGGGCAGGUGACAGCCAUCUUCAUCUGCAUUGGCGUGUUCACGGGGCAGGUGCUGGGUCUGCCAGAGCUGCUGGGGAAGGAGAGCACCUGGCCAUACCUGUUUGGCGUGAUCACCGUCCCUGCCUUCGUACAGCUGGUGAGCCUGCCCUUUCUCCCUGACAGCCCACGCUACCUGCUCUUUGAGAAGCAUGACGAGGCCGGAGCCGUCAAAGCCUUCCAGACGUUCCUGGGCAAAGCAGACAUCUCCCGGGAGAUGGAGGCAGUCCUAGCUGAGAGCCGUGUACACAGGAACCUCCGCCUGGUGCCCAUCCUCGAGCUGCUGAGGGCGCCAUUCGUCCGCUGGCAGGUCAUUACUGUGAUUGUCACCAUGGCCUGCUACCAGCUCUGCGGCCUCAAUGCGAUCUGGUUUUAUACCAACAGCAUCUUUGGAAAUGCUGGGAUUCCUCCGGCAAAGAUCCCGUACAUCACCUUGAGUACAGGGGGGAUUGAGACCCUGGCUGCCGUCUUCUCUGGCUUGGUCAUUGAGCGCCUGGGACGAAGACCCCUCCUCAUUGGUGGCUUUGGGCUGAUGGCCAUCUUCUUUGGGACUCUGACCAUCACGCUGAUACUGCAGGACCAAGCACCCUGGGUCCCUUAUCUGAGUAUCCUGUGCAUUCUGGCCAUCAUUGCUUCCUUCUGCAUCGGGCCAGGUGGCAUCCCCUUCAUCCUGACCGGCGAGUUCUUCCAGCAGGCACAGCAUCCGGCCGCUUUCCUCAUUGCAGGCACUGUCAACUGGCUCUCCAACUUCGCCGUGGGGCUCCUCUUCCCUUUCAUUCAGAAAAGUCUGGACACCUACUGUUUCCUCGUCUUCGCGACAAUUUGUAUCACGGGUGCUAUCUACCUUUAUUUUGUCCUGCCUGAGACCAAAAACAAAACUCACGCAGAAAUCAGCCAAGCGUUUGCCAAAAGAAACAAAGCACACCCACCAGAGGAAAAAACCGACUCGGCGGUUACGGAUGAUAAGAUGAAUGGAAGGCCGGAGCCAGAAUUCUCCUUCACAUUGGACAAUCAUAGCCCAAACAAGGUCAUCUAAUGGGUGACAUCACCACCUCAGUAAACCAAAGUUUCCCCAUUUUCAAGAGGCUUAAACUGAUUGAAGCCAGUUUUAUAUUAUUAAGUAUUUAAAAGUAAACGUGUGCCAAU